CCUAAUUUUACCUAAUUUCACCUAAUUCUCAGUGAGAAAUUCUCAGUUGUGCACCUAAGCAAAAAUCAAAGAUCCGAGAGGGGGCUUCCAAAUUCAAUUCAACCUUUCAACUUCCCACCACACCUCUUCCCUCUUACUAACCUCACAGCAAUAAUUUUGACCAUCAUCAACAUCCACAUUCAAGAUGGUCAAUCUACGCACCCAGAAGCGCCUCGCGGCCUCCGUCAUAGGCUGCGGAAAGCGCAAGAUCUGGCUCGACCCCAACGAGGUUAACGAGAUCUCCAACGCCAACUCCCGACAGACCAUCCGAAAGCUCGUCAGCGACGGUCUUAUCAUCCGCAAGCCUGUCACCGUUCACUCCCGAUCCCGCGCCCGUGAGCUAAACCUCGCCCGACGGGAUGGACGACACCGAGGUUUCGGUAAGCGAAAGGGUACCGCCGAUGCUCGUAUGCCUCAACAAGUUCUAUGGAUGCGACGUCUCCGAGUUCUCCGACGUCUCCUAGUCAAGUACCGUGCCAGCGGUAAGAUCGACAAGCACCUCUACCACGAGCUGUACCACUCUAGCAAGGGUAACGCCUUCAAGCACAAGCGAGCGCUAGUUGAGCACAUCCACCGUGCCAAGGCCGAGAAGGCUCGUGAGCGUGCGCUCCAGGAAGAGAUGGACGCCAAGCGACAGAAGAACAAGGCCGCUCGUGAGCGUAAGUUGGAGAGACAGGCAGCCAAGCGAAAUGCUCUGGCAGGUGGUGAGGAGGAGGCCGCGUAAAUGGGAGGCUAGGGAAUUCGUUGGCAUAUGCGCACGAUCAAGCUACGUAGGAGAGCUAGAGGUGUCGUCAUAUGGACUACUUAAGGAAUCUGAGACGGCUGCAUUCGGCGUAUAUGGUUGGGUCUCUAUUUC